UCUUCAACCUCUUCAUCUUCUUCAAGAAAUACUUCGCUUGAUUUAACUCUCCAUAGUUCGUAGAGUUUGGAUCUUUUCAAUGCUGGGAAGUACUAAAAAAGAAUACGAAUAUCAGUCCGCUGCUUUCGCAGGAGUCCGAUUUUUCCUUUCUGGGUUCGAUCCUCUCAAUGCCCAAAAGGUUCGAACGAAGCUUAUUGAAGGCGGUGGAAUUGAUGCUGGCCAGUACAGUUCUAACUGCACUCAUGUCAUUGUAGACAAAAUUGUAUACGAUGAUCCAAUUUGCCUAGCGGCACGGUCUGAUGGGAAGAUAUUGGUGACAGGAUUAUGGGUUAACCACAGUUAUGAUAUUGGCAUGCCUGUUGAUCCCACUGCUAUUAUGUACAGACCUCUCAGAGAUCUGAAUGGAAUACCGGGUGCAAAAUCUCUUACUGUAUGCUUAACUGGAUAUCAACGUCAAGAUAGAGAUGAUAUUAUGACGAUGGUUGGGCUAAUUGGGGCUCAAUUCUCAAAACCAUUGGUAGCAAGCAAAAUCACUCAUCUUGUAUGCUACAAGUUUGAAGGAGAGAAGUAUGAGCUUGCCAAAAAAAUAACGAAGAUAAAGCUUGUUAACCAUCGGUGGUUAGAAGACUGUUUGUCAGCUUGGGAAAUCCUUCCAGAGUCUGACUAUGCUAAAAGUGGUCAUGAGAUGGAAAUGGAUGUUGAAGCUAAAGAUUCGGACGAAGAUGUAGCAAAUGACAAUAAUAAUGAACAUAAUAGCCAACUGAAGAUUGGUGGAAGUCAUACAACAUACGUUGAAACUCUUACUACCAAUCGGUCUCCACUAUCCAAGCAGGAUGUUUCUAAAACCAUUACUCCUAUAAGGAACAAUCCGUCUCCACUAUCCAAGCAGGAUGUUUCUAAAGCCGUUACUCCUAUAAGGAACAAUCUAUCUCCACUAUCCAAGCAGGAUGUUUCUAAAACCGUUACUCCUAUAAGGAACAAUCAGUCUCCACUAUCCAAGCCAGAUGUUUCUAGAACCAUCACUCCUAUAAGAAUCAUUCAGUCUCCGCUAUCCAAGCAGGAUGUUUCUAGAACUGUUACUCCUACAAGUGCUAAUAAAAGGGUGAUAAAUGCACAGAAAGCUAAUGGCGCAAUAUUAGCCACAUGCGAAGGCUUAUCAAAUAAAACCUCUCCUAGCCAAUUUCUUCGGAGUAAAGAACCAGUUAAUCAAGAUGCGACUUUUAUGUCUUCAAUAGCAGCAUUUGAUAAAUCCCCAACUUCCAACAAUGCACAGAGGUCUCCCUAUGGCUCUUCAAUGAAAACUCUGAAUAAUGGUAGUAAUGAUGAGUUAUACUAUGAAGAUAAACAAGCUGGAAUUUUGCCCAAGAAGAGAACAUCAGACCUCCCUUGCAAUAGUUCUAAACUACAGAAGGCAAGUCCGAAUUGGAAAGAACACAUCCUUGAGCCAUCACUGCAGUGUCGGUUUGGAGGAUUAGGACCUGAAGAUAAUUACGAUUGUUCUUUUAUGACAAACAGUGGUGUUUCCUCUGCGAUUAAAGCUCAAAUUACGAGAUCACCUCAACCACCUUCUGGAAAUGUUAGUCUCUUUGAUGAAGAGCUGGGGAACAAAUUGGCAUCAACAAGUGAUAGUGGAAUGUUAAAGGACAGUUUGAACACGGAGUUGCUGAAAUGUGGCAAUGAUAAUUCACUUUCAAAGACAAGAAAAGAAAUGCCUGCAAAAAAAUGUUUGGGUUCUAGGUCCAAAUUUACUCCUUAUAGCACUGAACACCAGAAAGGUUCUCUGCACUCAAGUCGGGGCACCGCACAGUUAAGGAGUUCAGUUGCUGAAGAAGAGAUGUCAAAGAAAUAUUCUCGCGAAGUUGAAAUGAAAUCAGCAGCAGUUGAAACAAAUGUUGCCGAAACAAAUGGCGAUGAUGUUGAGAAUGGUUACUUCGACGCUGAAACCGAGGCUCCAGACAUGAAUGAAGAAAAUGAGAUUGAAGUUGGGAAAGUGCAAGAUAAGCAUUGGGUUGAACUUGCAGCUGAUCCUAUAAUGGUGGCUGAUGAGGAAGAGACUCUUCCUCAAAAUGAGCAUAGGGUAUCAAAAAUCAAAGAUGCCAAAUCAAAGAAACGCACAUUGGGGAAAAUGUCAAAUAAGCUUGUCCAUUCUUUGCCCAAAACGAAGAAACCAAAAGAUGACAGUCAUGACAUGAUAUCAAAAAGUGAAAAGAAGGAUGAAACGAUAGAUGGGGUGAAGGUAAAACGUCCCAAUUCUGCUAGAAAGAAAUUCAUCGAUGAUAGACAUGACAAGAUGGCAGAAAGUGAAAAAGACGAUGAACCUUUUGAAGAAGUGGAGGUAAAAUGUCCCAAUUCGUCUAGAAAGAAACCAAAUGAUGAUAUCCAUGAAAAGAUGGCAGAAAAUGAAAAGAAGGAUGAAACGAUAGAAGGGGUGAAGUUAAGACGUCCCAAUUCUUCUAGAAAGAAUCCUAACUAUGAUAGCCAUGACAAGAUGGCAGAAAGAGAAAAGAACCACGAAACGAUAGAAAAGGUGAAGGUAAAAAAUUCCAAUGCUUCUAGAAAGAAACCAAAUGAUGAUAUCCAUGAAAAGACUGCAGAAAGUGAAAAGAAGGAAGAAAUGGUAGAAGGGGUGAAGGUAAAAACCCCUAAUGCUUCUAGAAUGAAACCAAUCGAUGAUAGCUAUGACAAGAUGGCAGAAAGUGGAAAGAACCAUGAAACGAUAGAAAAGGUGAAGGUAAAACGUCCCAACUCUUCUAGAAAAAAAUCCAACGAUGAUAGCCAUGACAAGCCGGCAGAAAGUGAAAAGAAGGAUGAAACGAUAGAAGGGGUGAAGGUAAAACGUGUCAAUUCUUCUAGAAAGAAACCCAAUGAUGAUAGCCAUGACAAGGCGACGGAAAGUGAAAAGAAGGAUGAAACAAUAGAAGGGGUGAAGGUAAAACGUCUCAAUUCUUCUAGAAAGAAACCCAAAGAUGAUCGCCAUGAGAAGAUGUCAGAAAGUGGAAAAGACGAUGAAAUGAUAGAAGAGGUAAAGGUAGAACGUCCCAAAUAUUCUAGAAAGAAACCAAAUGAUGAUAGUCAUGAAAAAAUGGCACAGAGUGAAAAGAACGAUGAAAAGGUGAAGGUCAAACGUCCCAAUUUGUGUAAAAAGGAUAAAUCUGUUCCAAAGCUAGUAGUAGACAAGGAGAACAGGCCUAGUGUUGGGAAGAAAAAUACUAGUGAGAAUGUGCAGCAUGUAGGUGAAGUGACUCCAAAGCUACAUGAAACAACACCUUCAGUAGCCGCAAGAAAUGAAGCCACAUGUUUCAUCCUAGCUGGACAUAGGCUUCAAAGGAAAGAGUUUAAACAGGUUAUUAGGCGUUUGAAGGGAAAAGUCUGCAGAGAUUCUCAUCAGUGGUCUUAUCAGGCAACACACUUCAUUGUUCCAGACCCAUUACGACGAACAGAAAAAUUCUUUGCUGCUGCUGCUUCAGGAAGGUGGAUUUUGAAGACUGAUUAUUUAUCGGCUAGUAACGAGGCAGGAAGGUUUCUAGAAGAGAAAGCUUACGAAUGGCACAAGAAAGGUCUGAGUGAAGAUGGAGCAAUCAACAUGGAAGCUCCAAGGAAGUGGCGAUUGUUGAGGGAGCGAACCGGUCAUGGAGCCUUCUAUGGAAUGCGUGUUGUCAUAUAUGGUCAAUGCAUCACACCGUCAUUGGAAACUUUAAAACGAGCAAUUAAAGCUGGAGACGGGGAAUUAUUGGCUACAGCUCCCCCUUACAACCGUUUCAUCAAAUCAGGAGUUGACUUUGCAGUGAUCAGUCCAGGGAUGCCACGUGUCGAUAUCUGGGUACAGGAGUUCAUCGAGCACGAGAUUCCGUGCAUUGCGGCUGAUUACUUGGUGGAGUAUGUGUGCAAGAGUGGUUACUCUCUAGAUAGGCAUGUGCAGUACAACACUCAAAUAUGGGCAGAGAGGUCUUUUAAAAAGCUGGCGAUGAUGUCAGAAGAGAGGAUGGUACUGGAGGAGCCAAGAACUCCAGAAGGAGAAGAUGACAUGGCCUGCCAGGUGUGCGGAUGUCGUGACAGAGGAGAGGAGAUGUUGAUAUGUGGCGAUGAAAAGGGGACUGUUGGAUGUGGGGUUGGGAUGCAUCUUGAAUGCUGCGAUCCUCCGCUUGAGAGUGUACCGGAAGAUGAUUGGUUCUGCGAUAAUUGUUGCAAAACUGCGAGUAUCGGGAAGGGAAAGGGAAAAAAGAAAGGGAGGAAAUGAAGGAAUUUCUAUUGAAUAGGUUUGUUUAGUUUUGGAAGUAGUGUGUUAUGUUGAUUGUAAUGUGUAUUAUUAGGUUAGUAGUAGUUGCUUAGUUUAUAUAUCCAUCCUAUGAUGAUGUUUUCAUGGGUACUUGGUAGUGUAGAAUAAAGUUGAAGGAAUCUAAUAAGUCUGCUUACUUGUAGUGUAGUAGUGUGUUGUUUAUCUUCUACACAUUCAUACCCUUAUGAUGUUAAGUAGUAACUAAAAU